CGCCGCGCACCGGAUGAUGCCCCCGCGGGGGGCGGUGGGCUCCUGCCGCCGGCGGCGCCUGGCGCCCCUCAACGAGGACAACGGGCGGUUCCUGCUGCUGGCCGCCCUCAUCGCGGCGUACCUGAGCGCCGGCGCCACCGUCUUCUCGGCCCUCGAGAGCCCGUCGGAGGCGGCGGCGCAGCUGCGCUGGAACCGGACCCUCCACAACUUCAGCCGCAUCUUCAACAUCAGCCUGCCGGAGCUGCGCGCCUUCCUGCGGAGCUACGAGGCGGCCAUGGCCGCGGGCAUCCGGGUCGACGCCCUGCGGCCCCGCUGGGACUUCCCCGGCGCCUUCUACUUCGUGGGCACCGUCGUCUCCACCAUAGGUUUUGGAAUGACCACACCAGCAACCGUGGCUGGAAAAGUGUUUCUCAUCGUUUAUGGCCUUUUCGGGUGCGCUGGGACUAUCCUCUUCUUCAACCUCUUCUUGGAGCGCAUCAUCUCUCUCCUGGCAUUUAUCAUGAAGGCGUGCUAUGAGAGACAGCUGAGAAGAAGUGGUCUCCUACCUCCCAACUUCCGAAGGGGGCCAGCUGUGUCCGGGGUGGGCAGCCUUGUAGGCUGGAAGCCGUCCGUUUACCACGUGAUGCUGAUCCUGGGAAUUUUUGCUAUUGCCCUUUCCUGCUGCGCCUCCGCCAUGUACACGGCAGUGGAAGGAUGGAACUACAUUGACUCCUUGUAUUACUGCUUUGUCACCUUCAGCACCAUCGGCUUUGGAGAUUUGGUAAGCAACCAAAACGCUGUGUACCAGCAUCAGGGAUUAUACAGAUUCGGGAACUUCAUGUUUAUAUUAAUGGGAGUAUGUUGCAUAUACUCCCUUUUUAAUGUCAUCUCAAUCGUAAUCAAACAGAUUUUGAACUGGGUGUUGAAAAAAUUCGAAUGCAGAUGUUGCCCAAAGUGCCGUAAAUCCAGUACCCGCCUCAGCCGUCGCAACGCCAUCACCCCAGGAGCCCGCCUGCGCCGCCACAACGUCGCCAUGGACGCUGACGGACAGUAUGACAGUGACACCGAGGGCAGGAGGCUCUCUGGAGAGAUGAUCUCCAUGAGGGAGCUCACAGCAUCCAGUAAAGUCUCGCUGGCCAUUUUGCAGAAGCAGUUGUCCGAGACAGCAAAUGGCUACCCGAGGAAUGUCUGUAUCAAUACGAGACAGAACGGUUUCUCUGCGGGGGUGGGGUCUCUGGCCAUCAUGAACAACCGCUUGGCAGAAACAAGUGAUUCUAGGUAGAGUUUUUGGAAUUCCAUUUGUUUCUUAAAUAAAAAUAGAAUGGUGGUUAGGGUGGAAUUACCACUGUAAGCUACUGGAAAGUUUUACAUUUCAGAGACAGCCUUGGUAUUCAUUGGGUGUUCAGCAUUUUACUUUCUGGGGGUUUUAUAAGUUUUCUCUAAUAUGCAGUGAGAUCUUUACCAUUAUGUUACAAUUUUCCCGUAAGAGGGUUUUAAAUGAGACUUGGAUGUCUUUGAUGUAGAAUCUGGUGCAGUUACAGAGGGAUGGUGUGCAUGGCUUGGAUGGUGUCAAAACCAACACGUUCUUCUUCAGAACAGCGCCUGAACCCAAACUCUAUGUUAAAGGCAGAAAGCAAGUUGCGCUCCAGAUUCGCACAUGGGGUUGGUAAGUUUUAGCUAACCAGUGUCUCCCAGUUUGCUGAAGUGGGUCUGCUCCUGAGCCUUGUACUUGAUGCUCUUCAGCGACUCCUUGUAUGAGGAGUCAGACAGGCCUCUGUCUGACAUACACGUUGUCACACCAGCUUUAGGGUGACUGCUUCACUUCACUAAUCCCACUGACUUCAGUGGCAGAGGAUGGAAUGGGCUGAACUCCCCUCCUACAAACAUUAGGGUUUAGCCGGGCUUGUCUGAAAGACCACCUGCCACGUAACUCUUAAAAGUCAGGGGAUUAUCAAGGACCAUGAUAAAUUGUGCAGAACUGUUCCUACCUACUGAGUAACAGAAAACAAGCAAUUGUCAUCUUCAGAUCUGACUACAUUUAAUGCCAGAGAAGCCAGUAUGCACCUCUGGUGUCAAAUGUUUGCAUCACCAGAAAAAUGCUUACUUCCUUACUUUCUCAUUGAAAUAAGUCACUAAAAUGAAUGUAGGCUCUCUGUUGUCUUAAAUUUGCAUCUUUUACUUCUGCAGUAUUGUUGCAGAGAUUCAUGCAAAUCAUUUCCUUGCAAUUCUUUGAGGGCCCCAACCCUGUACUUGUUUCCCACAAAUCUGACUGUGCAGGUUGUACAGAAGAGUACAGAAGAGCAUUGCUUUGGAGUUCCCCAGAAGCUGGCUUCCACCAAAAUGUUGAUACCAAGUCAUAAAUUGGCCUUUGGCUGUUGCUGCUACCAUCUUAAGCCAUAUUUAACCUGUGCUAGCCCAAACCACUGAAGACCCAAAAGCAAACCUGGUCAAGACUGUAGUUUAGCAGGAUAAGUGGAUGCAGAGGAUUUGCUGCAAACCUCUUUCAAAAAUACAUGCACAGCUCUGGAUCUGUUCUCUAAAUUCUCUCUACUACACUGUGAGGAUAAUAAAAAGGCUUCUGCUGAUUCCAAGAAAGAAACAAAACUUAAGCUUAUAUUCUGAGAAGCCUUCUCUUGGAAAAUUACUGGAAAAUUGUAGGUGAGACCAUGAGUAGUAGGUUGGUCACUGAAUAAAUUGAACAAGCUGAUGAAGAAAAACUAGGAAUAUUAGAAAUGUUUGAAAACAUUUCCAUGAAGUUUUAUAUAGAUAUUUUGCUCUAUUUACUUUGCUUUGCAUGGGUUUGGAGUAGCCAUAAUUUUUGCUUUAUUUUAAAUUUGUAGCAGUGUAAAAUGUUUUGGAAUUUACCCUUGGAAAACCAACUUUAAAUCUGAGGUUUUGCACACCUGAGCCUGCCAGCUGAAUUAAGGCAGUGAUUAUAUCUUUUUUCCUAACAAAAAGGAAUCAGAGCUGCAGAUAAACCAUCAUACAUGGGUCUGUAUCACACUGUAAAUGUCACAGCUUUUAUCAAGAUGUGUUUGGCCAGAAACAAGCAGUGAUGAUUGUAAUGUGUUUCCUGCUGGCACAGACACACUUCAGAUUCUGUGGUAUGGUAGGGAUGCAUUCAAGAGGCAGGAGCUUUCUUGGUGGUAGAGAGACUCCUCAAGGUCCAUCUCAACAAGUGCCUUCCUGUCUGUGCACUCCUCUUUGAGGAGGCAGGAGGAGGUGUUUGGUGCUCCUUUUGAAGGCCACUGAAGGAUACAUUUAGGCAGAAUGUACAGGGACAGGUCACAGUCUGGAAAAAGCUCUGACUGCUGGAAGACCCAGUUCAGGCAGAUGCCUUCCAGAGAUUCAAGAGAAACAGCACAGGCAUGGAACCAAAAGAAAGUUUGUUAUUUCCCUUUGGGAUUACUCCCACAGGUAAAUAUCUUACUAGGAUGAUUUAUGUGCUUGUUUAGUAAAAGUGUGAAUGGGACCCUGCUCUUUUUUUGCAGCCCAGCCUCUCUUAGGGUUUUAUCUUGGUUUAUUUGUCAUCAUGGGGACUGUUACUCAUUAGAACUAUUACAUAAAUCAGGGCAGACAGGCUCUGUCCUAAAGGAUUUAGGAAUUUGAACUGAUAGGGCCCCAAGCCACAGCAGAAUUGCCUGUAUAUUAUUUUGCUCAUAAAAACAUGCUCAACUGUAUCAACAUUUUGUGAGCUCAAGAACUCUUAUAUUUAUGGUAACAAGUUUGCAAAUUAAGGGUUUUUUUUUCAGUGAGUUGUUUUAAAGGAUAAAUAUUAUAACCAUGAUUAGGAUCCUUUUUAAACUGUAAAUUUGUGAAUUGUUUUCAAACUACUUAUUCCAGCCUGGCAAAUACAGUGAAGUAAUAUGAAAUUGUACAUACCUACUCUUUUGUACUUGCAUUGUACUUUUUCUGAGUCCAGGCAAAGGCAGACACAGUCUGCUGUAACAUGAUUGAAAUGUUUCCAAGUGUUUCUGGUACCAUCAGUCACAAGGGUGCCUUUGCAGGACCCUUUGCAGUUCCUAUUAACUCCAGAGGAAGCUGGACCAGCUCCUCCUGGAGCUUGGUGUCUCAAGGAAUUUGGGCCUUGAUUGCUGCUCUGUUCACUUAGAUCUGAUGUUUACUUACACCCAAGGUCCUUGAUAAUCUCCGUUCUGCUUGUCUCUAGCCUCAGAGGAAGUGCAUGCCCUUAUUUCCCAGUGGCUCUGUUUCCUGCAGGUCUCAUAUCCCCAGGUGCUGACAUAAGUCAACCACAGGGACCACCAGGUUGUAUCUAGGUCCUGUAAAAAUCCCCAAAUCCAUCUGGCCCAGCAAAGCUCAGUUUAUGGGGGUCAGAGCACAGUUACUGACCUAUGUUUCACUGGGAAGCAUCUGCUGAAAGGUGGCCUUACAGUUCCCUCUUAUUCAGUAGCAGAAGCAUUUUUCAAGGAUGCAUGGAAACCAAGCUCCAGAUCUCUGCUCUUCAGCCUGCCAUCCCUACCUGGGCAUCCAUCACCCCUGUGCAUGAGAACAUGAGCCAAGAGGACAUAGAAGGUUUGAGAUCAGUCUUUCCUAGUCCCUUGUGCCCUUCCUUUAGCUUUUUUUUUUAGUGACAGCUCCUCUUUGAACUUGCCAGGCUCAGGCACCCAACUCUUCUCUCAUGCUGUGUGGUCCAGCCAGGAUUCCCCAGGGCAGCCUGCUCCAUUGGUGAAUUAACUCCCAAACGUGCACCAGUUGCACCAAGUACAAUUCCUCCUGGUAUUUCAUUUUCACAGACAAAGCAGAUACCAGCAAUACCUGGACACAGACUGAAGCACAAGAAAUCAGAAGGAAAUGGGAGGAACAGAGUGGGAAAGUGAAAGCACACUGCACUAGAUUGCACUUUCUUUUCAGGUAACUUGGGAGCUGUAUUACAUUCUUGAAAUCUGGUGAUUUUUUUUUUUUUUUCCAAAUUUAAUUGUGGGUAGCUUUGAAAGAUUAUAGUUGACUUAGAUUUUAAAAGUUUAUCUUCCCUGGUACAACCCCCUCUGCACCACCCUGUAGAGCAGCAGUAGUAACUCUUCACUGACACAGACCAAGACAUCCCAGAUGCCUGCUGAGCCUACAGGCAGCACAGACCUGAGCUCAGACCCUGUCCCCCAGACUGGUCUUCUGCUGCCAGAGCCCAGGGAAGAGCAUUCAUGAGCAGCACAAGGCUGCAGGAAUUAGGACUUCUCUGUGACCUGGCCCCUAGUGAGAACAGCAAUGGCACAGGUGUGAGCUGCUUGGACAAAGGAGACACCCCGUUCACCUGGCACCUGCACUAAUACCUUGCAGAUGAAAAUUAAAAUUUAGGUGGAAAUUGAUGAGCAACAAUGACCAAAUUCAAGUGACAUCUUCUCUUAACUCCAGAGGUCAGCACAGAGCAAUCAGAAGGAAUAAUUUCUUGUGAAACCUGUAGCAUUUGGCAAGUCACUACACUGACCUCUCAGGGCCUGUCUUCCCUGUGUGUGUCUUGGGGAAAGUUUGGAGUCACACCAAGAUGUCAUCUGGUUCUCAUUGGUUUCUUCCCAUCUGCAAACACAGUUCUCAUUUUGAAAAAAUUCAAAUGGCUCUUUAUUUCCUUGCAGUGCAGAGGACAUCCUUCAGACCAUGCAGAUGUUCAGAGCAAUCUCAGCCUCAGAGGGCAGUGUCUGAGGGACGAGGCUGCGCUUUGCUCCCCUGCAGAAGCAGCAUUGCACAGCAAUGCAUACAAAGGUUCCUUAGGCAGUUACCAGCUCUGAUUGCAACCAGAAUUACUGGUGGAAGGCAGUAAUCCCUCUAGAGCUCUCUGGGAGUGCCCUGUGCCCUGCUCAGGUUACCCAGAAAUGCCCUGUUGGUGAAGUGCUGCUGUCCCAGAACGGCUUCAGCGCUGGCCCUCAGUCUUUUCUCCUCCCCAGCUUUCUGUGGGUGAAAAUUUGAGAAUACUGUGACCAUUUACCCAUAUUUCAGGCAUGCCUUGCUGCUGAAAGACUUCAGCAGAAGGGGAGGUCAUAUAGCCAGGCAUAGUGGGCUCAGUAUAAACCUGACUGCCUGUGUGGCAUGAAUUUAUGACUAUAUGGAAAUUAGCUGUAGCAAUGAGACCAUUCUAACAUUUUAGUAUUUUUCUAGCCUUUAACUUGAAAAAUAUUCAGUGGCAAAUCAUCGCAGUGAAUGUUCAGAGCUAAUAUCAACAAAAUCAUACUUUGCUGAUUGCUAGCCUAGCAAUUCUGUGGGUAUGGCUGCUGCUCUAAUUGGAUUACUAAUGUGCCUUUGCAAACCAACACAUGUCUGCAGUGUUACAUUUAAAUAAUACAAUAAAUGCUGUGUUACAUAAUAAAUACAAUUAGGAAAAUUUACUACUUGACUCACACAAAACAACUAAUGAAGGGUGCAUUGCAUAUUGUACAACCAGUAUGCAAUUUUUAAUUUUUUUGUGUGACUAUGUCCAUAUUUGAGCUCAAAUUAUGCUUUCAUGAAUGCUAGGAAAAGAGAAGCACUACAUUGUGAAAAAUAAAGGAAAGUAUGGAGUGUUUCACUGUUUUGACACAGAGGCUAUGCGUGUUAGCACAUACACAGUAAAGGGUUCAUUAUAUAUUGUGUAGCAAUGGCACUGAAAGAAAGAAACUAAUUUACAUGGCCAUAGUCUGAAUGCAGCUAUCAAUAAAUAAACGUACACUUUUUCUUUUUAUCCUUGUUUUCUAAAUUGAUAACAUCCACCCUUUAAUUAAAUUAUCUCUUUAAACCCUCAAAAAUGCAAUUGCCCUAUAUUUUGCAUAGGCAAAAAGGGGUCUAAGAUCAAUUCCUAACUUCCAACUCUAAGGAUCCAGAGUGGUGUAGUUUAGCUUUGAAGUGGGGCUGCAGAUGUGCAGCCUUUCAAUUCAUUGUGUUUCAUCCUUCCCUGGGGAAAAAAAGGGAGUAGUAAAUACAGAUACAGUUUAUUGUAGGUCACCCAAAAAAGUCUGGCAAUUUAGCAUGAGGGAAAAAAAACCCAGCAAGUGUACUGUUAUUGAGGAGUGAAAAGUGUGGGGAAAGGGGGAAGUUCAGAAGUGUUCUCCAGCAAAUCCAGCAGAAAACCAAAGACUUGCUUUGCAUUCGCUCGUGUUUAUUCCUCGUCACACAACACUGUGACACUGUCACCCCCCAAGGAGCUCCUGUGGCAUCAUGGGCUCAGCUACCUCGUCUGGAAUGUGGAGAGAGAUAUUUCUGACAAAAAAUGUGAGGUAUUUCUCACAAAAUACCUUUUCCUGUGGGGAAAGGGACUGCAUGCAGUCACCAUCUUCAUUCAGCGCUGAUUUUAGGAGGUCACUUGGUGGCUUUUACUGGGAAAGCAGCCAUGCCGGUCCCUGACAGUGCUGAUCAAUAUUUUGGGUGUAUCAGAGGUGCAGAUUGCCAUGCCUCCAAGUCCUCCUAGUCCCAGGACCAUGUCACACCCAGGCGUGUCCCAGCCAGCUCCCAAGCCCAGACUUGGUGUAAGGAUGUAGCUGGGUUUGAAAGUGUGUAACAUCCCAACAUCCUAUCAUCAACAUCCCAAGUGUUGUCAGGAUCAGACCUUCAGCAGGUGAUUCAAACCUAAGGGACAUAAAGAAGUCUCCAUAUUCCUUUUGUACUUUGCAGACUGUAAGAGUACUUUUUAAAGCCAGUGAGUCAAUACAAGAUUAAUGCUUUUAUAAUAACAUACAUAAACAACAUGAAAAAAUUACUACUAUUUCUGACAAUGCGCAAAUCAAAUGCCAGGUUGUCUCAAUGGGUAUAAUUUCCAGGCAAGUAAAAUUAUGUCCAGGAAAUUUUUUUGCUCAUAGUAUCAUCCAUGGGCUGCACAGACAGUGCAAGAAUUCAGUUCCAGUUUUAUUGUAAAACCUCAGUAUCUGAAAGCACAAUGUCUAAAACAUGGUUUGGGGAUUGUUUGUGGGGUUUUUUGUGUGUGUGUAAACAUUGUUUAUUUACAAAAAUAAAAAUGCUAUAAUUCUACAGAUACAAACCCAUUUUUAGCUCACUAGAAUACUACUUUGUUGGAUACUCUCAGCAAAAAUAUUCAUUCCAAAUUUACAGCCAAUUUAAAUUACUUGAGUUUCGAGAUAACCUGUUGAAAAGCAUUCUUGUUUAUUUUGUUUCUUUUUGAAAGGGCACAGCUUGGUAGAUAUCUUUAGCUGAGCUGGCAUUGUUGUCUCCUACUACAAACCUCAAAAUUUUACAUCUGGAGCUAAUUCGCCUGGUUUUGGUAUUUGCUCGUUUCUGCAUUGAAUUCUAGAAGGAACGAUCAGUUCAGUGCUGUUUUCUAGUUGGUAUGGCUUUCCUUUUUGCAUUGAUUGCAAAUAACUGAAAUAUGAACACCAGCAAAUAUUCCCAGACACAUCAAAAUUAGUCACUUUUCUGAACGUUUUUCUUUUUUAAAUUGUUUUGUAAAAUCUAGAAUCUGAUUGUAAAUUGUAUCAUGGUUGGAAUUAGCAAACCAAAUAUUUUUUCUACCAACAGAAUUACUUGACAUGAAUUCUGUGAAGUAUUCUAAUUCAGUUGUGUGUAACAAUACUUGCCUAUUUCAUUUGCCCAUUCUGUCUAAUUUGUUUCAAAUUCUUAAAGUCAGAAGUAUGUAAGUCCCAUUUAGAAAAUGCCCUAUGCUGUACAUUUGCUCCUAUGAAUAGAGCUUUUAGAGGGAUUGAAACCAAGCCUAUCUGAUUGCUGCAAACAGAAUUCCAUGUAUAAGCCUUCAAAAUCUGAAUAUUUGUACCUGUUUGGCCAUUGUAAACCAAGGGCAUGUUAAUGUGAUUCCAGUUCAAGCAAAGAAACAUAAAUCACAGGGCUCAACUGGCUGCUAACCACUUUUAUCAAACAGGCCACAUAGCUACAGGGUCAAGAGUGAUGGAUGGGCUCGUGACACCCAACAAUGUUAUUUUGGAGGGUGGUUUGGUGGCUGGGAGUUGGCACUGAAGUGGUUAAAGCAGCUUGGCUGGGUGGAUCCAGGCAGUUCCCUUUGCUGAGCCUCAGGAGAUAUUUGCCAGUACUAAAAAACUAAAAAUUAUAAUGGACGUAGCAUUGAGCCUCUCCUGAGAAGCACAGCAAAGUGCUGUAGCCUGUGCUAGGCUGUUCCUGGUUUUGGUCACCUUGGAACCCUUGUUUAUUCCUGAAACUGGAGUGUUUGGCACACUCCAGUUAGCUCUUUUCAGUGUCUCUGCACUGGCAAAGCACUGAUCAUGCUGUGAUCCUUCUCAUAAAAUGGAUAGAGAGAUUUGUUUAGACUUUCCAUAUGAUGACAGCAUAUAUAGAUAUUACAAGAUAAAUUAAUUACCAAGUCUGGCUAUAUUUGCUAGGAGAUCUUUAUCAGUAAAACAAGAAAAAUUGUCUUACCAGUACAGAGAAUCAACAAAAGUAAGUGAUGUUCUGAACAGAAAGUAAGGUGCUAAAAUAUACAAUUGGACCCCAAAGCUCAGGCAUGUGUCACAAAAUUAUCAUUCUUUUCCAAUGCUCAAUGCACCUGCGUCUUUUGGGAAAAAGCCUUGGUUUCUGCCUGCACCAGGGUGUGCAAGGCUUACAUUUGCUGUGCCUGUAAGAAAGCAAAAUAUAUCUGAGGACAUUCUUUGGUCUGCACAGCGCUCAGGGGUGGGCUUGCCUCCAUUCCCAAAUUUAAGCAUGCCCAUGGACCAUGAAUAUUGGUCCAGCCCCCAGCAGAAACUGGACAAAAUGUCCCUGCUUUGGGGUGUCUGUGGCUUUUGGAGAGCAGUUGAAGGUCAUGGCAAACCACAGCUGCCUCCUCCAGCCAAGCCCCCACCAGGGUGGGAUCCAUCCCACUGCCAGCCCCUGGUCUGCAGCCAAGGACUGUACUGCCAGGAGAGUGGUGCAAAUCAUCAGCAGUGUGCUCUUAUUCCUGCCUUCUUAAUGGGCUAAAAACAGUGGAAAACAGAUCAUUUUCUAUUUUAAUGAUCAAAAGUGUGUUGCCCAUUAUUCAUAGCCUACACACAAGAUGUUAUGAUUUUCAAUUUUCCUGCACUGAUUGUUCAGUCCAUUUGGCAGCUGAACUUCAAGUGAUGCUGUUUUUUUUUUUAAAAAAGGAGGAAAAAAAUCCCCAAACAGAAAACCCAAACACCCAUUAUCAGCAUUUCAGACAAGCAAAAUAAUUGAAUGAGGUGUAAGGAUCUCACAUGAAAAAGCUGUGAGCAGAGUUGCCUCUGUUUGCAGCAGAUAGAUGUUUACAUGGCAGUGGGAGAAGUUUGGGUUCAGGACUGAUUGAUUGGGUUCAGGCAUCAGACUGAUUGAUUGGGGUUCUGAACAUUGCCCUACAAGCAGCUUCAGCACCAAAAUGGCACUUUUGGAACAAAUUUCUGUAUCUGUUUCUACACUGUUAGGGGCAUUUCACAUUCCUGCUACUGAAAUCAGAGGAUGGCAGCAAGUGUUACACAAGCAAUUUACUGUCACAUACUGUGCAUGUGGGUAUUAGCCAGGGACAUUUUUAACAACAGAGACAUUUCAGCUGAGUGUUGGUCAGAAAAAAAAGGACAUUUUACCAUCCAGAAACAUCUGCAGCAGGUCCCAGUGCCUGAUGUCACUCAACACACUCCCAAAGAGCUGAACCACACAGAGAUUACCUAAAUAAACCAAAAGAGAUGGUAGGUCUAAGAAGCAAGUGUUCCUGUGGCUUGAAUAUGGAGUAACUUGGUUGAAUUGCAGGUAGUAAAUAAUAAAUAGAUAAAUAGAUGUAAUGACUUAAAUGCCUGCUAGAAGUCAAAAGGAGAUGCAUGUAUUUUUCCAUCACAAUUUUGAUUGUGUUUACCAAGUUAAGAGGUGAAAUGAAGAAGCAUAAGUUCCUGUAAAUUGUUAAUUGGAAAACAUAGAUUUUUACUCUCCUUCAGAUAAUGCUUCCUUGCAAAACAUUAAACUGGAAUAAAUUUCAAGAUUGAAAAUCUUUUUAAACAAGUGUCAGUUGUAAAAAUGCUUUAAUCAUGGGUUGACAGGAACUUAGCCUCCAACUCAUACCAUAAUUGUGAGUGCUCUUAACGAGUCAGUCCCACUUUUGAUGUCAGCUCAGGAUUUUUCCACUGUAAGAUCUUUGAAUGAAGAGGACUCAAAGCCAUAUAAGAAGCCAAUCAAAUACGGAUCACGUUUCUGCUGGUUCGAUAUUUACACUUUGCGAACAAAAAUGGGUGUUUUGGGCUUGGCACCCCUUCAUUCACAGAAACAUGGUUAUGGAUCCAGGAGGCAGAGGCAGCUGAGGUGCAGCUGCUUUGCAGAGCGGUGCAGAGGCCUUGGCAGAGGAUGUGUAGAGCUGGUGGUUAAGGAGACUGUGGAAGAACCAACUGGUGGUGUCCAGGGAACAUUCCUGUGUGUUUUUAAUGCCGUGAAACAUGAUCAAGUAUGAAUUCUCUACGUCUGGGAGGAUGUAAAAUUCCAGGUGACGUUUGGAAUGUUGCAGUUAAGCUACUACAAAGACUUUUCAAAUAAACAGGAGAAAAAAUGUUGUCUGGGAUGUGCAUGCGA